GUGUACUAAACAUACUCAUCCAGCUCUCCACCGACAUAUUUACCCAGACCGUCACGCACUAAACAUGCUUUUACAUCGUGCAGCAAAGGAGCACACAUACAUACGUGAGGCUUUGUAAUUUGGUCUCUUCCCUCACUCCCUUCCAAACCCUCACCAAGAUACCCCAGCCCUAGCGACCUGAUGGCACGUAGCUCUGACUUGCCCAACGCGAAAAGAGACAUCCACAGCCUCCCAACUGAACUCCUGCUCGUCAUCUUCGAGCUCGCCUUUGCCGAUCAGCGCCAAUGCAAAGUAUCCCCCAGUUAUCACUUCGGCUCCUAUAGAGUAUUAUACGGACAUUCGAGACUCUACCAGCUGGGACUGGCAUCGCGAAGAUGACAUGCUCUCACCCACGCUCUUUCCCUACGCACCCGCCAACGUGUGCAGGCUAUGGAGAGACCUUCUCGCCAUCGAGCCCGCAUUCUGGACGCGCAUCAUCAUCGUCCUCGAUUCCCCGUCGACCACCCCCGACCUAGUGCGCAGCUACUUCGAACGCACCCGAGACGAGCCCAUCCACGUCUGGAUCACUCGCGCGGACAACAAAUCCGCCACCCCCUCCGACCCGGGCGAGAACGACCGCAUCAAGACGGUCAUGCGCUGCCUCCGCCCGCACCUCGCGCGCUGCGUCAGCCUCUCCUUCAACCUCCUCUACCGCUCCUCGGCCGUGAUCGCGGGCGACCGCCUGCGCGGCUACGUCCCGCGCCUGCGCAUCCUCGCGCUCAACUCACGCGUCACCGACAGCACCGCGCCCAUCGCGCACCUCCUCCUCGACGCGCCCGAGCUGCACAUGCUCGAGCUCGACGCACACAGCUUCGCGCACUUCGCCGCGCGCAAGCUCGCGAUGGUGUGGCUCCACCGCCCGCGCGCGUCCUCCGCGCAGCUGCAGCUCCGCCUCACGCGCUACCAGCCCGCUGCCACGUCGUCGCUGCAGAUGAGCGACGUCGUCCGCGCGCUGGAGCACAUGCCCGACAUCGAGCUGCUCUCGAUCCGCGACGUCGCGUUCGCCUCCCCCGCCGACGUCGACUUCGUCGACCGCGAGAUCCACACGCUGCACCUCGAAGAGCUGCGCGGCAGCGCCGCGAGCAUGUUCUUCCGGUGCCUCGCGUCGCACGCGUCGCGCACGACCGUCGUGCGGUGCGAUCUGGACGGGGAGUGGGACAGCGCGCCCGUGGAGGGCCGCUGGCUGCGUCUCGUCGGGCUGGCGGACGCGGCGGGGCUCGCGCGCGCGAUGCGCGGGUGGAGCGGGUCGAGGCUGCACGCGGAUGAGUGCCCGGGGUUUACGGACGCGGUCGUUAGUGCCAUGGCUGAGCAUCCGGCGGGGGAGGUGGAGUGGGUGUCCAUCGACAAUACCAAUUCUGCCAGCCCGCCGCUGUCAUUCGAUGUGCUCAAGAGCGCGGUGAACGCGUGGACGGCGUCGCUCCUACCGCACGGAUAUCUAACGCUGUACGUCCAGCAGCCUGGGAAUCUGCCCGACGCGGCGCUGUGCCGCUGGUUCGACGAUAGGGUCGGCGAUUUCAGCUGGAAGAAUGACGGGGUUACGUUCGAUAGUGUCGUUCCCGAUGUUCCGCAUCCGGUGGAUUACUAUGGUUGUGCACAUCUAGGCAGGAAUGUGUCUCCUCAUAUGUACUGA